CCAUAGGCCGAUCAGACACCAGCUUAUUCCAGACCAAGUCGUAGAUUCUUUUUAGAAUUUUAGACUACGACGUCAGCCUUUUUAUUUUUCUAUUCACCGGGCUGGGGCACGAAUCUCGAUCGCCUCGACCGCAUAUCCACUAUAGAUUUGUCAAUCGUGCGCCUCAGUCCGCUUGGCUAAUCUGAUCGACGUCUUAAUUAGGAAUUUACGAAUAAUUUGCUUAAUGGUAUUAAAAAUACAAAUAAAUAUAUCAAUAUCGACAAUUGUGACGUAGUGAUAGGAAAUAUAUAUACUUAAUAAAUUGUCGAUAACGUAAUAUUCAAACAAUACUUUGGAUGAAAAGGUUAUCUGUCUUAUCGCUCUUAAUUACAUAAAAGUAUAGUGCAAAGAUAAACAGAAAAACGCAGUUGUGAGCAAUUUUAAAGUAAAGUGACUAAACCUACAGACGUGAAGGUUUUGUCAGUUUAAAACCGGUUAAUAUUUUAAUUGCCAGAAAAUUAUCAAAAUGUGUGUCCUAAAGAACCUUACAGAAGCUUCUAAAGAGGAACAAGUAAAUUAUAUUAAUUCUUUUGAUGAAGUACUGCUGGAUGUCGAUGGAGUAAUAUGGCUCAAUUUCAAUCCAGUCCAAGGCGCAGUGGAUUGCGUAAGUAAUCUUAAGAAACUAGGAAAGAAAAUUAGGUAUGUCACGAACAAUACACUAAGUUUAACACAGACUAUUGCAAAAAAUCUAACUGAUAGGCACUUCGUUACAAAUGCGGAAGAUGUUGUUACACCCAAGGAAACUACUAUUGCCUAUCUAGACCAGUUGAAUAUUAAAGACAAACAUAUAUACAUAAUAGGUUCAAUAAUUAUGAAAGAGACCCUUCGAAACGCUGGAUAUAAACUUAUUCCUGAUCCACCUGUCGAAAUUAAAGAGGGACUAGCAAACACUUUAUCCUACUACGAUGAUGCAAACGUUGGAGCAGUAAUAAUAGAUUUUGACUUCAAUUUUAAUUUUAUAAAAGUACAAAAGGCUUUUUGGUAUUUAAAUCGACCAAAUACCGCCUUUAUUAUGACAUUAGGUGACCGCUUAAUUCCAGUGGGACCCAAGGGACCUAUUAUUAGUCAAUAUUUCGCUGCACACGCGCUAAAAGAGGUCACUAAUAAAGAACCUAUUCUAAUGGGAAAACCAUCUGAUAUGUGUGUAAACUUUAUCAAAGAGAGCUUUAAUAUUAAGGACUGCAGUAGGACAUUAUUUGUUGGAGACUCUAUUGCAUCAGAUAUGGCAAUGGGAGCUAAAGCUGGCUUCCAAAAACUUCUAGUGUUAAGCGGUAUUUCAUCAAUAGAAGACAUCAGAGAUUGGAAACAUCCCGAAGAAUAUAAACCUGAGUACUAUAUUAGUAGUCUUAAUGAUCUCAAUAAUAUUAUUAAAGAACAUUUUUCGCUUACAUAAUUUUAACGUAAUUUAUUAUGUAUUCUGUGAUAAUUUAUGUCUAAAAUAAAUGAAAUUAUUACGUUAGAGAA